UGAGGGCCGCAGCGCCCUGCGCCCCUGCUGGUCUUGUAUCAUUUCAGUGAACGUCGCUCCAGUCUUUGAUGGGGCCACAAUCGGGAUGUAAAUUUAGGAUCCUCACUGAAGGGGCGGGACCCUGAGAGGCUUUUUCCUGGCCCCUUAGUUGUGAGUUUUCCUGCAGGCGGCGGAGCCAGUUUCCGUCAGAACCGCCCAGAGGCAGGCGCUGCCUUCCUGGGGUGGCGGAGCAGCUGGAAGCGUUUUCGGAUCCUGGAAUCCGUGGGUGACGCGUGGGAGGGGCUGAGGCGCAUUUCCCUACUCACCCGGAUCCGAAUCCACCGCGGUGCUGUUUCAGGCGAGUCAGAUUCCACAUCGCGCUCCACCCCGGACUCGGAAUUCCUGCCCCACAGGUCUGCAUUUUCACAGCGGCAGCUGUGAGUGCCCCGCGGCUGGAGACCAGAAGCCUGAAGGCAACUCCGCCCUCCCCAGCCCACAGCGCCGUUAUUCCGUUUCUAUAUCAGCAAACACUUGUAGACCAGGGCGGGGUGACGGGUGAUCUCAGUCCUCGCAGUGAACUCCGGGCCGCAGGCUCGAAAACGCGCGCGGGCGCCCAGCCCAACCCCGCCCUGGGUUCUGUAAGCGACCGCACUGGGUCCUUUCUCUUUCUUUUCCGGACCCAGCAGUGGCGCCUAAAGUCUGCCAGGAGGAAGUCGCCCCUUUGCCCCGGAGUUCAGAGGUCUAAGGCGAGUGCUGAGGAAGAAAACGUAGUUGAUGGGGCAGAGCAGAAGAGGCUGGAGGUGGGGUGGAGGAAGAGGGCAUUGGACAGAAGGCCUGGGAGACUUGGUGGGGGAUGGGCAGCCAGGCCUGGACCCUGGGGAGUGCCUCACCCGGAGCGGAAGACCAUCUGGGCUUCCCCUAGCCCAGAAAGGGUGGAUUGGCUUCACCUCUGCUGGCCAUCACCUCUACAUGCCUUGGAACUAACCUUGUAUAUUAUUAUUAUUGUCGUUAUUUAAGUAUUGAAAGUAUUUUUGGGGGUGAGCUGAAUGAGACCCUUUGCUAGAGCUGGCACAGGGAGGAAGGUCGUCCUGGAGGGAGGGUAGACACUGUGGAGGGAAGGGAGACCUGUGUCAGGAGAGCUGAGACCACCUCUCUGCCCCUCACUACUCUUGUAAUCUUUAGGAGUGUAAAUAAUCCCCCUAAGGUGGGGACAGGACCUCAGUCCCUGCUGUGCUCAAUAGAUUAUGAUGAUCAAAAUAAAUAAUCAGUGAAUGUGGAUGGGAAAUCUAAGUAAUUGUUAAGACCCUGUGAUGCUUAAAUUUUCACUCACAGAAAUGUGUAGACUAGGAGUUUUAAGAGGAAUGGUUAGUAAUUAUAGGUAUAGUUCAGUUUUAAAAAAUGUUUGUAAGGGUGACAAAGAUAGAAUUAACACAGUUCCAGAUCAUGGACUGUUCAUCGUGUAGUGGGGGAUGGUACAAGAUGGUAGAUGACAGCUGGGCAUGGUGGCACUCACCUACAGUCCCAGGUACUCAGGAGGCUGAAGUGGCUGGAUUAUUUGGGCCCAGGCAUCUGAAGCUGCAGUGAGCUGUGAUCACACUGAUGCCCUCCAACUGGCGGCAGAGUGAGAUCUCCCCCUCUUAAAAAUAAAUAAAUAAAUAAAUAAAUAAAUAAAUAGUAGAUGGAGUUCAAGAAUGCAGGCAAAGUUGGUACCCAUCAGGGAGGUUCAAACCAUGGGCUAGAACAGUGGUUCUAAAACUUGCCUACACAUUGGAACCACGUAGGGAGCUUUAAAAGAUAUUGAAGCUUAGGUCCAACCUAGCCUUACUGAUUCAAUUGGUUUUGGCUGUGACCUGGGACCGUGGAUAUUAAAAACUCUCCAGGUGGUUCUGUGAAGUGGCUAGGUUUGAGGACCACUGGCUAGAUGUUCCAAAGAGUAAGAGACGUGUGUGUUGGGGACGAGAUGAUUCUUUCAGUAGAAAGAGGCUUUUGCAUGGUGUUUUUAUUAUCGAGAUAUAAUUUAUGUGCCACGUAAUUUACCAUUUAAAAAUGUACAGUCCAGGGCCCACUCAGAACCAUCCCAGCAACCUGACCACAGCUGGUCUUUGCUGGACACCAUGAACCACACUGCCCAAACCUUCUUCAUUCCUGCCAACAGCGGCUGCCCUCCCCCGCCCCCCAACCGCAGCUAUGAGAUGCUCAAGGAGGAGCAUGAGGUGGCUGUGCUGGGGGCACCCCACAACCCUGCUCCGCCGAUGUCCACCAUGAUCCAUAUCUGCAGCGAGACCUCCGUGUCUGACUAUGUUGUCUGGUCCCUGUCCAACAUCCUCUUCAUGAACCCCCACUGCCUGGGAUUCAUAGCAUUCACCUACUCCCUGAAGUCUAGGGACAGGAAGAUGGUUGGAGACCUGACUGGGGCCCAGGCCUAUGCCUCCACUGCCAAGUACCUGAACAUCUGAGCCCUGAUUGUGUGCAUCAUCAUGACCAUUCUGCUCACCAUCAUCAUCCUAGUGUUGAUCUUCCAAGUCUGUCGAUAGAUCAGGAGGCAUCAUCCAGGCCAGGAGCUCUGCCCAUGACCUGUAUUCCACAUACUCCAACUUCCAUUCCUCGUCCUGGCCCCAGAGCUGAGUUCUGUAUCAUCCCUUUAUCCUCACACACUUUUCUACAAUGGCAUUCAAUAAAGUGCAUGUGUUCCUGGUUAAAAAAAAAA